GCAAAACUUUGGGUAACUGUGUUGUUGAAGUUGCAUGAAAUAAAUAAUACAACAACACAGAUACCCAAAGUUUUGCUCAAACACCAUAAAAUUAAGCAAGAAAUCAUAUAACCCACGCUGUUUACACCAUUUCAUUGCAGAAACGGAGAAUUGAUCAUCUCACCAUACAAAAAUCCAGCUCACUACUUUCAAUCUAGUACUUCACUGAUUGCUUCCUAUUGACGAGUUAUUAUUAAAAAUAUAAUAACAUAAUAAUAACAAAUGUUACUAUCUUACUAUCCUGUCACAAUAUCAAAACAAUCACAUAAUUUACCAUCAUAUUAAAAUAUAUUAUUAUUAUGACAUUAUUUUUGCUAUUAUUUUGUUACUACAAUGGCAAAGUCAGUUAUUCUUUAGCUGUUAUGCCAUUGAAAUUCAGUUAUUAUUUUUGUUAUUUUUACUCUUAUUUCAAACAAACUAAUAGCAAAUUUUGCCAUUCAAACAUUCUAUUUUAAUGGUAAAAUUUGCCCUUCAUUUGCCAUUUCGCUCUACCCGGGUUGUGUAAAAUUGCAGGAGGUUGAUGGUACUCUGCUUCCUAUAGACCACCUCACGGUGAAAUUCUAUCUCUUUCGCUCUUUCAGAGAGUUUGAAAACAACAGGACCAGUACCUGUCAAAUUUGAAAGGUGUUGGUCCUGUUGUUUUCUAAUUUCCCGUAGGAGAGAAAAAGAGCGAUUUCUUGAUGACGUCACCGUGCAAUGAGCCAUAUAUGAUCAAAUAUGGGCAGUAGGGUGGCCAACAAGCAACAUACAUACCAGUAGUAAGUAAAAAGGAUUUCCUUGAAAAUUCAACCAUAUAAGUUACCGGUUUUUACUUCCAGAAAUGAUUCUCAAUGGGUGCCUAUAAAAACUUCAAAUUUUGAUUCAAAAACAUUGUCGAAAUGAUUUGACACUUAUACCAAUGCAUAUGCUAGGUUUAGUUCAUAGAAACAAUGAGAUUUCACUGGUGUUGUAUGCUACACCACUGGUGGAUGUAAACUCGGUCAGCCUUUUCUAGCUUCACGGUAGCUGGACAGGGGUAGUGAAGAAUGUUGAGUGCUUCUAAAGUAUUGAUAACCAAAUAUUAUUAUUAAUAUUUAUUAAAGACACUUUACCACUUAUGUGGCAUUCGUGUCUGGAUAACCAAAUGGCUUCCGAUGAUGGCACCAAGAUUAGGGCCCAUAUAGCCGAGGCGGUAAACGCACGGGUAUUCAGCAUGACCAUGCUGAGGGUGACGGGUUCGAUUCCCGGUCGGUCCAGGAUCUUUUCGUAAAGGAAAUUUCCUUGACUUCCUUGGGCAUAGAGUAUCUUCGUGCCUGCCACACGAUAUACACAUGCAAAAUGGUCAUUGGCAGAGGAAGCUCUCAGUUAAUAACUGUGGAAGUGCUCAUAGAACACUAAGCUGAGAAGCAGGCUUUGUCCCAGUGAGGACGUUACGCCAAGAAGAAGAAGAUGGCACCAAGAUCUAGGUAGGCAUAGUUGCACUGAUCAAGAAAACAAGGGGUUUGUUUCUUAAAAAUUUCACAGAAAAUCGAAGAAACAAAAUGCGAAUAUAUACAAUAAAACCACGUGUGUAUCAGUGGUGAACACUCAACUCUUUACCAACAGAUUCCCAUGGUGAAAAAUUUUAAAAUGAUUGGCUUCAUAACGUUUAAUAGCAUACGCUUAGCUCCAUCGUUGAUGUCACAGCGACAGACAUUUGGCAGCCAAAGUAGAGGUUGAUAGGCCACGCUCUACACAGGAGCGAAAGCGAAGAGAAUCGACGAAAAUUUAAACUGGCAAUAAUUGCCAAUUAUUGGUCAUGUCUCACAAUGGAUAUCAUUCAGGAUGACCCUAUGGGCACCAUUGCAGGUGUACAAGAUUGAAUGUAAGUAAGUAUUGUUAUUCCUGUAUGAGGGUAGUUAAAUAAAUGAAAAUGUGUAGUGUAAUCAACCAUCAAUAUUUUUUUUCGAUCUAAUCUUUUUAUUGUUGUUGUAAUUUACUUACUCCAUAAACAAAUCGUUAAUGUACAUGCAAAUCAAUGAUAUCAUAUGUAUCCAAUUCAUGACAGAUAAAGUGUCAGUUUAUGAAUUAUAUAAACUGGAGUUUUUCUGGUUCGAUAGUAACAGUUUAAUCCCGUAUAUGUAAUCGAUAACAAAUGGAACCCUUCGAAACGAGCAUGACAUUAUUGGCAUUUCAUAAUCUUUCUUCCUUCUCCAAGUCGUAACUACCUAGAUGCUGGACAAACCAGACUUAAGUCGAUCGUCAUCACUAUUUAACCGGUCACCGUCACGCCUCCACCAUCAUAAAUUAAUACCAACACCGUAUAUUAGCAAUCGCAACUUCGCGUCACCGCACACAUGACAGCGCCAGGGCAGCAGAUAGGCAAUAUUCAAAUGAACUUGAUCCUCGUGCGCCAGACGGCCGGGCCGUUGCGUUGCGUCGUCAUCCAGUCUCGUGCGGCGGUGAGCUGCCGCGAGACAAACGAAAGCGAAAGCUGAGAAGAUCAGCGCAGCGGGAAGGCAACAGAGCGAGCGCGACCGGUGAAAGUACGCACACCUUUUCUCACGUGGUUCCGAGCUGCGAGGACGCCUCAGUUUAGUACUAAUCGUAGAGCUGUGCGCAUAGAAGUUACCACCUGCUGAAGCGAUGGAACCGAGGAUUCUACCGUGGUUGUGGGUGAUAGUUUUGAGCAGUGCAGGUGUUUGUUCGUGCCUGGGAUUAGGGUUGAAGCAAUCUACUGCAAAGGUGGUCGGUGGACAAAAUGCAAGUGCAGGAGAGUUUCCGUUCCUGGUGUCGAUUCAGUGGAACUUCGGAAACGGUUCUCGGGCCGUACAUUUCUGUGGUGGUACCAUCGUGGACCGUUAUUGGAUAUUGACGGCAGCACAUUGCAGAGAGACGGUGUUCGCAGACGGUUGGUUGGAAGUGGUGGCCGGAGAGUUUGAUUUGCAGCAUGACGAAGGCUCGGAGCAACGGCGCAAUGUGAGCGACUUUUUAGUACACGAGAAUCGAGAGCCUGGCUUCGUCGGACCGAAUGAUAUAGCACUGAUUAAGCUAGAGAAACCCCUCGAACUGAACGACAAUGUGACAACAGUGAAACUGGACGAGAGAAACACUCCAAUAUAUGGGAUGGCCGUCUUGCCAGGAUGGGGAUCGACAUCGCCAUUCUUCGAUCCCGUUUAUCCGGAUAAGUUACAGAAAGCGUACUUACCGGUGUUCCCGUACGACGCAUGCCUGCAGUACUUCCCGCUGUUCAGUCCUCUCGAAAAGACAAAUUUUUGCGCCGGAGAGUUGAAUGGUUCGGUGAACGCCUGUCAUCGCGAUUCCGGCGGACCUCUGAUUCAAACCAUCGACGAAAUAGACAGGCUUAUUCUGCGCGGCAUCCAAAUCGGUAUAAUAUCCUGGGGAGCCUUACCGUGCACGGCGUAUCGCAGUCCGACCGUAGUGACGUGGAUCAGUUGCUUCAAGGAGUGGGUUCGGAUAACAAUCGAAACACAUACCGUCGAUUCUAAUGCUUGAUUUUAUUUGGUAGAAUGGAAUUAAACUAGAAACAGAAUAAAUAAAUUGUCUAAAAAGGAACUAAA